AUGCCAUAUACAAUCCACAUCCCCGCCCCCUACCAAAUGCGCACCAACAUCCUUCAAACCUUGCACACCACCACCGUCGCCAGGAUCGACAUCGGCAUCGCGGCCCCCGUCUCCAUCGCCAUCUACAACGACACCAAGGCCUGGGGCUGGAACGUGUCUUACACCCCACUAUCCACCUACGGCCCGGGAAAAUGGGAAGCCUACCGCGCCGUCGCGCACCAAAACGGCUGGUUCAAUGAUCUGUGGCUCAUAUGGCAGCGCGAGCACUGGUUGCGGAUUAAAGCCAAGGAUAAGUCGAUGCGGACUGUUGAGCCAGGGUUGACAUGCGCAUGGACGCGCGGAAGAAAAGCCAUGGAGGAAGUUGAGAUUGGUGCAGAGAACCAUUGA